AUGUAUGCAUGCCGUGAUCUGGCCAUGGCAGCUCCCGCCGCUGCUUUCGCAAGCAGCAAAUGGAACGCUCACGCAGACGCUCAGACUUGCGUGUUUCGAUUUCUUGAGAUACCCGAACCCAAGUAUCCGCCAACGUUUGACAAGAGCAAGAAUGUGCUACACGUCCUGUACAAGCAGAAAGGGAACGCUCUUCUCAACUUGACCGAGUUUAAAUCCCCAGAAUACAAAGAAGAGUUUACGACAGAGUACCAUGCGAGCUUGCUCGUUACUCUGCGCAGCAAAUUCUCGGACGAGUCGAUCGAGAAGAUGGAGCAGGGUUGCCCAGGAUACACGGAAACUUUAAAAGAUCUAGCCUACGCUUUGAAGCUCUUCAGUGCUGGCGAGCCACUCCCUCCGCCGCCGCCACCGCCAGAGCCAGAAGUGGUGCCAGCUCCCGAAGCAUCAACGUCGGAAGCUCAGCCGGGCGAAGGCACUGCUCAAGAUGGUGAAGCAGCUCCACCGGCGACGGGAGAAGCUCCAGCAUCCCCGGUAGCGUCUCCUGUAGCCGCAGAAGCUCCGGCAUCUCCAACUCCAGCUCCAUCUGGCUAGACACAAAGAAAAGAACCAGGCUAAUGAAACGUGGAAUUCCUUGGUUUCUAUCAUCAUCACAGCAGCAUCACCACCUCUGUUCUCGCGCUCAUCCUCGCGGACUAUCAUUGUGAGGAGGGGAGCAAAAGGUGGCAGGGGUUUUCCAAGUGAGAUUCAAGAGUUUUGUGGUUUUAAACAUGCCUUUUUAGUUCACAACUAAAGCUUCCAUAUGUUGAUGUUCUUCCACCUGGAUUCCAUAUACUCACUAGCAUUGUUCUGUGUGUA